AUGCACCAUCAUCACCACCACAACACCACCACCAACAGCCACCACCACCACCACAACACCACCACCAACAGUUCACUGUAACUGUUUGAUUUGAGUGUGUGAUUUCACAAGCAAAAUCUGUAACAAUGGUGAUUGCUGGUCAAUUCCCUCACCUCACUUUUGCAUUUGGCCUUAUGGGCAAUAUUGUCUCUUUCAUGGUGUUUGUUUCACCAUUGCCGACAUUCUAUAAAAUUUACAAGAAGAAAUCAACUGAAGGGUUUCAAUCGAUACCUUACGUGGUGGGAUUGUUUAGCGCAAUGCUUUGGAUCUAUUACGCGCUGCUAAAGGGAAAUGCAAUGCUUUUGAUCACCAUCAACUCUGUUGGAAUAGUCGUGCAAACAUUUUAUCUCGCGGUUUAUGUUUUCUAUGCCCCAAAGAAAGCCAAGAUGGAAAGUUUGAAGCUUAUCAUACUAUUCAUAGUUAUUGGGUUCGGAUUGAUUGUUCUCCUAACUCAAUUACUCACGAAAGGCGCUCAACGUGGUGUGAUAGUUGGAUGGGUUUGCCUUGUAUUUGCUUUGUGCGUUUUUGUCGCACCAUUAGGUGUUCUGAGACAAGUGAUCAAGACAAAAAGUGUUGAGUACAUGCCGAUUCUUCUUUCGCUUGCCCUCACGCUCAGUGCGGUUAUGUGGUUCUUUUACGGUCUAUUUCUUGGGGACUUAAACAUCGCGAUUCCGAAUACACUUGGAUUCACCUUCGGUAUCAUCCAAAUCAUACUUUACUUUGUCUACAAGAAUAAGAAGCCAGUUAUCGACGACAAAGUUAUAGAUUUCAAAGAGAAAGUGAGUGAAAUGGAUGAAGCGAGUGUCCCAGAAGUAAAAGAUCAACACAUGGUCGAUAUGGUGAAGCUAAACGAGCUUAUACGCUCAGAAAACGUUCCAAAUCCGCAUGGUGUGGCUGUUGUUCGUACUCCGAUUGUGGCUAAUAACACCCUUGAAGUCCCAGCUUGAAAUUGGUCCUGAUUGUUUUUGGUUUGAUGGUCAAUGUGUACCUUCUCUAUAAAUAACUGUACACUUCUUGUCUACAAGUGUGUACCUAGCUAACGUGACCCUCAGAUUGUUUCGGUGCUAAAUGUAUUCUCGAUUUAUUAUUAUAUUAUGCAUUCUCGAUUUAUUAUUAUAUUUAUGGCACUUCUUUUUCUAUA